AUAACGGGACGCGUAGAGACGCCGCGAAGUUGGUUGCCCGAAGAACAAAUUAGGGGAAGAAAUUGACGGUCCAAAAAUUCCACUUCCCGUUACGCCCAGCGAAUCCGAUCGCCGAUCAUUCGUUCUCUGCCCUCCGUUUUCGCACUCGUAUACAUUAUCCUUCGAUCGAGGCCUCGAAGCCAUCGAAUCAAUCCUCUACAGGCUUUGAUCGGCAUCGUCGCCUUCUCUUUUUCGUGAUCGGGGGAGGAGCAAGAUGAUCCAGUUGCUGUUCGCAGUGCUGUCGGCGGAGGUUGCGGUGGCAGUGACGCUGCUGUUCAAGACCCCUCUUCGCAAGCUCGUUGUUGUCGGCCUCGACCGCCUCAAGCGCGGCCGCGGCCCCGUCAUGGUGAAGACCGUCGCCGGCACCGUCCUCGUCGUCCUCGCCUCCAGUCUUUACAGCAUCGCCAAGAUCAGCAGCGGCUCGGCCGAACUCGGUGCCCUCACGCCCACCGAUCAGGUCCUCAUGAGCCGCCACCUACUCGAAGCUUCCCUCAUGGGUUAUUCCCUUUUCCUUGCACUAAUAAUUGACCGUCUUCACCAUUACGUCAGAGAAUUGCGUGGGCUAAGAAAGAGCAUGGAGGCUGUUCUAAAGCAAAACAGGGUUUUGGAAGAAGCAAAAACUGGGGGUUCAAGUGAGGUAAAAGCACUGGACGGAAUGAUUGCAAGUCUAAAUGAACAAAUAAAACAGUUAAAAUCAGAGUCAGAAGACAGACUGCAGGAAGCAAAAGCUGCAGAAGCAAGGGCGGCAGCUCUGAAAAAGCAAUCUGAAGAUUUGCUUCUUGAAUAUGACCGUCUUUUGGAGGACAACCAGAACCUUCGGAACCAGUUGAAUUCGAUUGACAACCGAUUGUCAUUCUCUGAUGCUAAGAAAAUUGCAUGAGACCACCGAAGAAUGUAAGUGUUCCAGGGGACAACUAUAUCGCUCUUAGAACAGUUUUAAUUCUCGUGAUACUUAUCCCUUGAUGAGCUAUUUUGGUAUUUGUACUUCUUGUUGCUCUAUCAUAUCUGUGGAGUUUAUUGUGAUUAAUGGCACUGUCAUUUGUGGUUUUAUGCCUUCAA